CCCAACAGUCAACACUUUUGCAGGUGUAAAAGGCCUCUCUUUCUCUGUAACUAUAGGGCUGCUAGCUAGUCUGCCCCACGAGAACGGGGUCCGGAAUCACCCCCCUCUCAUUGGGAUCACUGCGAAGAUUCGGUCAUUUUUCGGUGAGAAAUUGUUGCGUGACUGUUGACUCCAAGAAUCCGCUUCACAUAUUGACUCCAAAAACCUAGAAGAUGAGCGUCGAACCUUUCAACAGGUUAGUGAAACUGGCGGCGAGGGCGUUCUACGAUGACAUAACGACGAAAGGGGAUAAUCAACCCAAAACAGGUCGGAGUGACAACAGAGGCAUUGCUGUCGUGGUUCUCGAUGCCCUCACUAGACGACAAUGGGUAAGGGAAGAAGAUUUGGCCAAGGACUUGAAAUUGCAUUCAAAGCAGCUUCGUCGAACCCUGCGAUUCUUCGAGGAAGAAAAGCUAGUUACUCGAGAUCAUAGGAGAGAGACAGCUAAAGGUGCGAAGAUAUUUAGUGCUGCUGUAGCUGCCACAGUUGAUGGUCAACAGACAGCAAAAGAGGGUGAGGAAAAGAUUAAGCUGCACACUCACUCGUACUGCUGUCUAGAUUAUGCUCAGAUUUAUGAUGUAGUUAGGUACCGAUUGCAGCGAAUGAAGAAAAAACUGAAAGAUGAAUUGGAGAACAAGAACACAGUUCAGGAGUACAUAUGCCCUACCUGUGCGAAAAGGUAUACUGCAUUGGAUGCAUUGCGGUUGAUCUCUUUGGAUGAUGAAUAUUUUCAUUGUGAAAGUUGUAAUGGGGAACUUGUGGCUGAGAGUGACAAGAUAGCUGCGCAAGAGGGGGGAGAGGGAGAUGACAAUGCGAGGAGGCGAAGGCGUGAAAAAUUAAAAGACAUGCUUCAAAAGAUGGAGGUACAGCUUAAGCCAUUAAUAGAACAACUCAGUAGAGUAAAAGACUUGCCUGUUCCUGAAUUUGGCACUCUUCAAGCAUGGGAAGUUCGAGCAAGGGCUGCUGGGCGUGCAGCAAAUGGUGAUUCCAGUGGCAUUGAUCCUUCUAGAUCUUCUCUGGGGCUGGGUUAUGGUGGAUCAUCAUUGCCUUUUGUUGGUGACACCAAGGUUGAGGUUGAUUUAUCUGGGGCUGAAGGCAAGGGAGAAGUUAUUAAAUCUGAAAAUGAGAGUAGUCUGAAAGUCUUGCCACCAUGGAUGAUCAAGGAAGGAAUGAACCUUACAAAGGAGCAGCGAGGAGAGGCCAAACAGGAGUCAAAGAUGGAUGGCAGUUCAGCUUCACUAGAAUUCACAGAUGACAAGAAGUCACUUAUUGAGAAUGAUGAUAAGAAAAAUAUACAGGAUGAGUAUGUCAAGGCUUACUAUGCUGCUUUACUCAAGAAACAGCAAGAGAUAGAAGAAGCUGCUAAGAAACAUGAUUUGUCAAAUGCUCACUCCUUAAAUGGUCUCUCUAGCAUGUCUUCUAGUCGCCAAGUUGGAAUGAAGUCGAAACGUGAUGAGGAUGAGGGAGAUGAUGAUGUGGAAUGGGAAGAGGCUCCAGUUGCUAGCAACGCAAAUGAAAAUUACAAAGUUGACUUGAAUAUUCAAGCUGAUGCUUCAGGAGACGACGAGGAUGAUGAUAUUGACUGGGAGGAAGGUUGAAGAGAAUAUAGUUUUGUUGCCAAAUAGAUGGAUUGGUACGACUUCCUCUUCAUCUUUAACUUGCGUUCUCUCGGCGUUUUUAGCUUCUAGCUGUGUAAUGUUUUUCGCAGAUUCAUGACAGACCGUGUUUUCUUGGUCUUGAUUUUGUUUGCUAUUUUUCCUUGUAGUCGUUCUAAUAGGUUGCGCCAGUGUACGGCAAUGUUGUCACUUGUAUAAAAAACUAACACAAUGACAUAUUUAAUGAUCAAAUAUUUUUCGAGAUUAUCACC